AUGACAAGAAAAGUGCCCGCUGGCGUCAGCAGCGUCGAGGUAAAGGGUCUGGGAACUUUACGUGGUGUAUCUUAUACAGACGGCGUCCGUCAGUUCUAUGGGAUCCCGUACGCGCGACUGAAGAAACGAUGGACACUGAGUAAGCUGGCGGCAUCGUGGGAGAAUGAUGCUCAUGACGGAACCAAGCUUGGGAAGCAUUACCCUAUACCUCCUCAGCAUGAUAGCACCAAUGAUCCGAGAGUGCCAGUAAAGGAAAUCGAGCAGUUCUCAGGCUGGAUUCCCGACGAACUUGAGUGUCUCAAUCUCAACUUGGCUGUGCCGCCACAGUCCGCCUCCGGAGCUGGUCCAUAUCCUGUGAUGGUAUAUAUCCACGGCGGCGCAUAUUGGUUUGGAGGCAACUUCGUGCCCAUAUAUGACGUUGCAAACUUAGUCUCCCACUCCGUCAAGCAGGACCAUCCGGUGAUUGCAGUUUCGAUCAACUACCGUCUCGGGAUAGGCGGUUUUCUUGCGUCAAGGCAGAUUGGGGAGGAGCUUAAGAAGGACGGCUUCGCAGGCAAUGGCAAUUUCGCUCUGCGAGACCAGCAGGUGGCAUUGGAUUGGAUCCAGAGAUACAUCGCCCAGUUCAACGGAGAUCCAGACAACGUCACAAUCUUUGGAGAGUCGGCCGGCGGUAUUUCGGUUGCCCAUCAGGUCAUGGCAGCGCGACCAGCAAAGUUUAGACGUGCAAUCCAAAUGUCUGGGUCAUUGAACUUGACAGAGAGCUGGCCAAUCGAGCGACAUCAGAAGAGAUAUGACUGGCUGUCAGACAGCCUCGAUCAACUGCGGAAUGUGUCACAGGAGGAACUUUGCAAAGCAACGCUUGUUAUCGAGCCAUCCGACUUCACUGUGUACAACACCUGUGACGACGGCCACUUCCAUGGAGAACGACCGGGCCUCGCCUAUGGGUCAGCUCUGCCUCCAUGGCUCGACUCGAUCAUGAUCGGCGACACUCUGGACGAGGGAGAGCUGUGGCGAGGCGUUGUGUCCAAGCAUGACGUCCCGUUCUAUCGCAAACGCUUAGAGUUGCACAUGUCGACCGCUGAAGCUGCUCGGGUGUGCGAACUGUAUGGUAUCUCUGCUGAGGCUCCAAGAGAACAGUCGAUCCAAGGCCUUGUUGAUAUGACUGCCGACAUGAUGUUCAAGAUGCAGAACUAUGUCAUUGCUCAUCGAUCAAACGUCAAGAAGACUUUUGCAUACCACGUUGACCAGCGUUCGACGCUUGAUCAUUGCCUCAAAGGACAGGCUUACCAUGCCAUCGACCUGCUGUACGUCUUCCUCAACGGGAAGGAAGCCAUGUCGGCAGAGCAGAUUGUACUUGCAGAAAGAAUGGCAUCGGAUUGGAUUGCUUUUGCGCAUGGAAAAGAGCCGUGGGAGCCUUUCGCCAGCAACAAGCGAUGGAUGAUAUAUGGACCAGAGAAGCAUCAAUCCACAUGGGAUCUUCAGAGUGAGGUCCAGGACGAGCCAGUCCGUCGAUACAGCCGCUUUCGGGCGCUGCUGAAGGAUGGACUGUACGAGAAGCUCUACAAUGCCGUCCAAGACAUUGCGCACGAGCGUUACAGGCUCGAAGGAUACAAGCCAGAGCUUCCGAAUUGA